CUUCUAUUGUCCAAAGUGUAUAUCCGGUAUAAAAAAAAUCGAAAAUGUGUACACUGCAGUGUUAAUCAUUUGUUUUUUACAGAUAAACACAAGUUUUAGCAGUUCUUCAAAGUAAACAUGCAACACCAUGAACAAUUACUGGAUACUGUUAAUGAUGGGGAAUACAACGAUACUCUGACGAAUACUGCAGAACAUGAGGUGGGUAGUGGAAUCUGUGAAAUUACGGACGAAAUAAAUGUAAAGAAAGAUGGAAUUUGUGAGACGGACAAUGCAACUUUCAGUAAAUCAAAGGGGAAUUUUAUUUUCGAAGCUAAUCAACGGGGAAGAGAUUCAGAGAGACCUAGACCUUUUAUGUGUGAAGUGUGUAGUAAAGCAUUCAUGCAAAAACAUCACUUGGAAAGUCACAUAAUGAUUCACACAGGCGAGAGGCCACACAAGUGUGCAUUCUGUGAACAAGCCUUCAGACAGCCUAAUGCCUUAACAAAGCAUCUGACAGUUCACACCAAAGACAAACCAUACACCUGUGGUAUAUGUCGUAAAAGUUAUCCCUUGAAACAAGUGUUAGAAACGCACAUGUUGAUACAUUCUGGAGAAAAAAGACAUGUGUGUCAGGUUUGUGGACGAGCAUUUAUUCAGUAUGCUAGCAUGAAGAGACACAUGAUCACUCACUCUGAAGAAAAACCUCACAAAUGUGAAAUAUGUGGAAAAUCAUUUGCACAAAGAUACAAACUCGCCAAUCAUUCACGCAUCCAUACCGGUGAAAAACCCCAUCACUGUGAUUUGUGUGAUAAAUUGUUUACAUCGGCAUCACAAUUAUCACAGCAUAGAAAGGUCCACACUGGAGACCUGCCUUACAGCUGUGAGGUCUGCCACAAACGAUUCAGUAAACACUACAAUAUGACCAAACAUUUGAACAAUGUCCAUAAAAACGGGAAAAUAUCUGUAAGGAAGGUGUGGGACUGUGAUGUGUGUGGUAAGUCGUGGACUUGUCAGUCUCAUCUGCUUAGACAUCUCACUACUCACACCGGAGAAAGGAAGUUUGUAUGUGAACUGUGUGGAAAUCGAUACUGCGACUCCAGUGCUCUAUAUAAACACCACAAGAAAGUUCACAAGAAAAAACACUAGGAAGAUGACAAGAUGUAUUAUAUUUUAUGUCUUAUUAAAACAUUUUUGUUAUGCAA